UCCCUUUUACCAUGGGCGGGUUCUGAGGCCCAUAAGAACAGCGCGCCACUGGGGAUCCACUGUUCUGAAGCUCGAACUGCCCGGACUGAAAGGUACUAAAAUCGAACCUCGGCACGGGGCCACCUGACUGCGAAUCUGCGGCGGAGAGAGGUAGCUUGACCCUAAAGCGCCGCUGGCUGAGGAUCGGAGGGAGUCGAGCCUCCGGGCUGCCACCGCCACCUCAGCAGCCGCCAGCCGCCAUCGCUUUGGGCCUCCACCCGUCACCACCAUGGCCGAGGAAGAGUCUGCCUCCUCGCCUUACACCGAAGAUGAUUUCUACUGUCCGAUUUGCCAAGAGGUCUUCAAAACGCCGGUUAGAGUCACAGCCUGUCAGCAUGUCUUCUGCAGAAAAUGUUUCCUAGCUGCGAUCAAGGAGAGCCGGAUCCACUGUCCCUUGUGCCGUGGAACUGUGACCAGAAGAGAAAGAGCACGUCCCGAGAGGGCUCUAGAUCUUGAAACCAUCAUGAGAAGUUUUCCUGGCAAUUGUCGAUGCUGUUCCCAGCGUAUUGAACUCUAUCGCAUGAGACAACACUACAAAACUUGCAAAAAGUACCAGGAUGAGUUCGGAGUUUCUUCAGCUUCUCCAAGCUUCCAACUGUCACCAGAUACCGUGGACAACAACAUUAACGACGCAACCAUCUCUGAGAACACCGAGGCUUACCCAGAAGAAGAGAAUGCAGCAAGCCCACCUGAUCAGCCUACCUUUGAUUGUCCCCUGUGUGAAGAAGCAAACUUGACCAGACAGCGUCUGGUGGAUCACUGCAACAGGAACCACAGAGCUCAUGUUGUUCCAGUCGUUUGCCCGAUUUGCUUAUCUCUUCCAUGGGGCGACCCUACUCAACAGACCAGAAAUUUCGUUAGUCAUCUAAACCAGAGGCAUCAGUUUGAGUACAGAGAUUUCAUGGAUCUUCAACUGGAUGAGGAAACUCAGUACCAAAUUGCUCUUGAGGAGUCUUUCCAUCUCAACAUCUAGAGAGACUUUCCUCAGCUCUGCAAUUGCUCCUAAGGGACAAUUUACAAGAAAUUGUCCUUUCAAUAACUUAAUGUGUUUUAA